AUGUCUACCUCUGUCUCGCAUCCCUUAGUAUGUGCCGAAUGCGGAAGGCGCUUCAGCCGUCGGUGUGAUUUGAAGCGGCAUGCUCUUAUUCACAAACCGGACGCUAAACGAUACUACUGCGCUUAUCCUGGAUGCAGUCAUAGCUCGCUUCAAAUGUGUAAUCUAAAGGCACACUACAUUUCGAGACACCUAUUGUAUCGCCUCUUCGAGUGCAAUUUCAACAGUUGUGGCAAGUCCUAUACGGAUGCCUCAUCACUAAUAAAGCACGAGAAGAAGUAUCAUGGCUUCUUCCGCAAGGCACAGAAGCCGUACGAACGGCGGACGUCGCCAAGCACGAGGCUUGCACUUGAUCCGUCUAGAUUUGUGAAGGGAUUCUCCGAGCAACAAACUCCAUCGUCAACCCCAUCAUUGUGUUAUUCAAAUGGUGAUAAUCUGUCACAUGUUUCGCAAUCCCUCUCCCCAGCUCCCGUGACGAGUCCCGCUACUAAUGACAGGGUUCAGCCUAAUGGCGAGUUUCUCAUGGCUUCUGCAUCUACGGAUGAUUUUCUGCAUGAAAUGAUUCCAGAGUUAUUCCCAAAGCCCCUGGAGACGGUCACCUCUUGUGUCCCUCCCAUCACUUCCAGCAAUACAUGGGAUGCGGAUUUUGCCUAUCCGAAUCAGGAGCCAUACCCGAAUCACUUAGGCUAUGGUGGAGAGAUGGUGGACUCUAGAGGAUUUACAUUGUUCGAUCUCUUUAAUUUAACUGUUCCCCUUGAGCCUCCCUUCGAAUUUCCCUCCCUUUAG